AUGACACUACCUUCUCAGCCUAUUAUUAACCAGUCGCCACCCUCAAUUUCACCACCUUCUUCACCCUUGUCAGCUACACCUUCAACUUUAACCUCUCAUUUCGUUCAAGCACUCCAUGAUUACCUUCCUUCCUCAUCGUCAACUGAUGACUCUGUAACUUGCCUUUUUUUCAAAAAAGGCUCGAUUAUCGAGGUGUUCAACAGAGACGAUUCAGGUUGGUGGGAUGGUCAGUGUGGUGAUAUUAGAGGAUGGUUUCCAAGCAAUUAUGUAGGUAGAAUAGGUGAAUUAAAACGACAAAGUGCUGACUUUGAAGAUGAUUAUUCAAAUGAAGAAUUAGAAUUGUGGCAUCAAAAAAUGAAUCACCAUGUCAGUUCAACCGACGAAACAAUGUCAACAAUAGAAGAUGUAUCACAAAGAGUUUCUGAGCUGGUCAAAUCAUACACGUCUAACGAUCAACAAUCAUGUAUACAGCUAAACAUAUUUCAAGUCGUCUCAUCUGUUAAAGCAGUUUUAACCGAAGCAAAUAUUGUGAACAAAGAAAGUCCCCUAUUAAAAAUGUACCCAGAGUUAGCAAGACAACGUCGAAUCCUUUUAAGUACAUUAAGCCGAUUAGUAUUGAAAAGCAAAGAGCUACAACAACAAGAGGAGGAUGAUAAUCAGAUAUCAGAUCUUGCGGCACAAUUGCUAAGUGAAAUGGAUACAUUUGAAAAACUACUUGCUGUAACUACUCGGCAAUCGUCUUACUCACUGGCCGAUAGUCAUUCAUCCGUAAUAUCAACAAACUCCACCUUUCUGCGUCAAAUUAUUCCGGAAACACGCCACAACACCAACUCCUUGAUUAAAUCUGUGCCCACAGAUGCAGAGCAAAUCUUGCAGAACAUCUUGGAUCAUCAAACGAGUAUAGAUGAACUUAUGGGGAGUUUAGUUAUAACUUUAGAACAAUAUCUUGCCAAUAGACAUCGUGCUACAGAAAUGUUGGAAACUACAAGGAAAGCAGUUGAAGCAGUAAGAACAUUCCUGGCCAUUGUAGAACACGUUUGCUCCAAUCUCGGCGACCUUGAUUAUAAUAGGCGUAUAUCUAUGAUCCCUGAAGAUCCCCGCUUAGUUUCUCUGGUUCUCACCAAGGAGUCUGUCUAUAGUGCUAUCACUAAUCUGGUUACAGCAGUAAGGGCUUUAACAGGGCCUCAACAAGAAGAUGAAAAUGAUCAAAACUACCUUCCCAUUUGUUGUGAAAAUGUGGUACAGGCAACCAACGAAUGUGCAGCUUGUGUUAGAGAUUGCAUUCAAGCAGAGGAUACCGAGGAGGAUAAUAACAGGAGCCAAAUAAUGCGUCAUAGUAUGCAACAGCAGCAGCAUGAAAAUGGUCGAUCUCAACAUACUCUGACUAUUUUAGGGCGUAAGGUUACAAGUUUACAUGCCCUUCAACAAUACCGCACUGCAUUCCCUCUUCCUCCUAACACUGAGCCCUUCAGCACUCCUAAUACGGAUAUACCUCUAAAAUCCCGACGCUCUCGAGGCCUCAGCGUCUCCUCGCUUAGACCUUCUAUUAAUAAAUCAAAGUUAGAACGUCUAAAGGAACCCGAAUUUGAUUUUUUAAAACAAUACACCUUUACAGACCAAGAGAUGAUCUUUAAUGCCGAAGGAGAAGUUACAGGCGCCACUGUUGAAGCACUUGUUAGAAAAUUGACUCUCCAUGAAAAAUCGCCAGAGGAUCAAUUUGUGUUAUGGACAAACCGAGUUUUGAUUCCUAUUCGUCUUCGUGUGUAUAAUGUGAUCAAAACCUGGCUUGAAACAUACUUCAGUUAUAAACAAGACAUAAUGGUGGAAACCCCAUUAUUGAAUUUUGCAAAUACGGAAAUGAGCGCCGUGAUGCCAGGUCCGGCAAAACGCAUGAUCGAACUUAUUAAAAGAACGACUCGGGCUACUAUGCAAAAAUCAAGUUUGUCCAACCUGCAGUUGUCAGCAUCCAUAUCAACAAAUAGUAACAUAUUUUCCAACUUGACGAUGUUUGAUGAUCACCACGGGGAAGAAAAAUUCCCUGCCUCGAUUAUGGGUAAAUCCCUAAGAAAUACUUUAAGAAAAGCAGCUAGUCACUCCAGCCUCGCAGCUAUUCAUGUCAAUGAUAUCGACCCUAUCGAACUUGCACGUCAGAUUACAAUUAUGGAAAAUACCUUAUUUUGUCGUAUUCGACCCAAUGAGAUGAUUGGACAGGAAUUCAAAAAGAAAGUCGGUACAAGCCAAGCCAUUCAUGUUAAAGCCAUGAUUCAGACAAGCACUCAAAUCACAAGUUGGGUGUCGGAUAGUAUUCUAAACGAGGCAGACCCAAAGAAACGUGCACAAGUAUUGAAAUACUGGAUCAAAGUUGGUGAUGCUUGUCUCCAACUGAAUAACUACAACACUUUAAUGGCAAUACGAUCAGCCUUGGAUUCAACUAGUAUUAUUAGAUUAAAAAAAACCUGGGAAUAUGUAUCGGUAAAAUACAAAACGAUGUGGGAACCUAUUUACCGCGCAACAGAUUCACAGCGUAACUUUGGAGAAUACAGACAGCGUUUAAAGACUACAGUGGCCCCAUGUCUUCCAUUUUUGGGUGUAUAUUUGACCGAUAUGACUUUUAUUGAUGAUGGCAAUGCUGAUAGACGUAACUCCCCAGGAGGGCAUACACUUAUCAAUUUUGAUAAGUAUGUCAAAAUUACGCGGAUAUUAAACGAAAUUGAUCAAUUCCAAAUUUCUUAUAAAUUAUUGGAAGUGGAAGAAAUCCAGACUUACUUGAAAAAAACCCUUGAAACAGUCGAGCAAGACGACCAAGCAUUCUACGCUAGAAGCUUAAAACGAGAACCGAAAGAAGAAGAGCAACCUUAA